CAAAAAACAAAAACCGAAUACAACGAACAAGCUCCAACCCCCCCAAAAGCCAACCCUCGCAAAGCAAUCGAGUCCCAGCUUACAUAUGGAGAAGGAAGAAAUGAUGAAUGUCAGCUCAGAGGCGGUCGCCGAUCAGCGCUCGACAUUCCCUGUGGACGGUGUUGAGAGCCGGAAAGAUGCAGACGCCGCAAACGGCGAUGAUUCGGGUCAAUCGGAGCCGUCCGUUCGCCGGAAGGACAUGCUGAAAGCUCUGGAAGCGGUGGAGAGAGAUUCUAUUGCGAUCGCAGAGAGCUACUCUUCUCUAUUUGCUUCUCUCCGCUCAUCACUUUCCGAGGCCACCAGCUCUACAGUUGAUCACAUGAACUGCUUCAGUGAUGCAGCUGGUCGCCUUCAAGAGUGUGUGCUUGAUGCAUCAACAAAGGGGAACAGAUACAUAAACUCUUGUCUGAGACUAAAUGAAGAAAUGAAAGGAAUAGACGCACUUGCCACACAGUUGUAUCCUUUCUUUAUUCUAUCUUUUUGCUGCCUUUGUGCCUGAACUUCUCUAUGUAGGAAUGUUUCUAGGCAUAGUUCUAUCUUUCUCCCCCAACUACUGUAAAAGAAGGUAUCACUCUUAUCUUAUAUUGAAGGGGGUCCAACCUUAUAAUUUGCGUGUUACCUUAAUGAAGUAAAUAGAAAAAUACUCAGGAGGCACGUCGAUUCACUUGACUCUGUUGUAAAUAGACUUGUACGGCAACCUUGAUGUCGUCAUAAGUUGAGGCAAUGGCUUCUUGUUGCAACAAUUGGCGAUGGUAUAAUUCAUUUGCAGUGACUGAUACAGAAAUCCAUUGCAUAGUUUGUUUAACAGUAUCCGUCUGUUUCAAUAGCUCAUAAGCAUUUACCAAACAAUGUGUCCAUACUUUGCGGAGGAGAUUUAACUUUGCUGCUUUUAACCUAAUUCUUGUGUUUGACUCAAUCAAAUUAUCUUUUAGAUUUAUUUUCCGGAAUGUUUUGUCUACUAAGGAAAAUGCAGUUAUUUAAGUUGCGCCUCUGAUAUGCUUGUUUUUAACAAAAUCAGGGUCAGGAGUGGUAAUUGUUGAAUGGACUCUUGUAAUGCACCCAAAAUGAGUGCUAGUAAAUUUGAAAGAUCACUGCUGGACAAUGCUCAAAGGUGAACGUCAAGUCAAGAUGCGGGUGACUCCUCCAGCAUUCUCUCCAGCCCCUUCCCUUCCGGACCAAUUACUUCAUUAAUAAUCUCCGCCUCCAUUUCCUUGUUCACCAGAUUCUGUAUACUAAACAGCAAAUGCAAGGCCAUGCAGUCAACCAGCCUUCUCAAAACAAUCUUCCAGUAGGCCGUCAGUCUCAUUUUGAGGUCAAACGCCUCCUGCACGACCUCUGCCCGACCCCUCAAAUGCAAAACAUCGACAUUCCCAUAUCCAGCAAUGGUCAUCUCCGUCGGCUUCGAGUUGUCGGUCAGAAUCUCCACAAACGUGUUGUUGUGGGCCAUGAGCUUGCUCCACAAAUCCACAUACUCGGGAUUGCAAGUGUAGUCCGUCAUCUUCUCCAUCUCAACCACAUCCACUACCCAAUCCUCCGAUUGCUUCUUCUUCAUGGCCAACAAGUUCUGAGCAGCCCGCUUCGUGGAUGACAUCAGCUGCGGGUAGUUGUCCGAGUGCUUCGUCAGAACCGAGACGACCACGUUCUCGAUGUAGGCCCACGUUUUGUCAACAAACUCAAACGGCGUGAAUGACACAUUUUUCACUUUUCUCUGCAGCAGUGUGAGAAAAGCUGUCCUUGGAAGAAAGUUCGGGAGCCCGAUGGCUUUCGUCUCCUCCAACACACUAAUCUCAUCGAGCAAAAACUUGUCCUUCGUUUCAUUUUGGGAGCACUUGGCCUGGAUUUCUUCAGAGUAGGCGUUGAGCAUCUCAGCCAGGCGGGCCGUGCAGUGCAUCUCCAUCUCAUCUGGGUACUCUUCAAACUCUCCCCUCAGCAGAAUCUUUUUGAGGGACUCUUUAGCAUUGCCUAGAAUCUGGACGAAGGCCGUCAUGGCCUCGACAAUCGAGUUCAUGCUCCGCGGCAGUUUACUCAACUCGUCCAUGUUGGACGACAGCCUGUCGUUGACUUUCCUUACAAUGUCAGGCAGGCACUUGACGAUGAGGCUUGCCUGGAUCUGUACAAGCCUUUGUGCCAGGACAGGAAUCCCGACCAUCGAUCGGCUUAUCCCAGACAAGAGGUGGUGCGUCUCGAAUAGCUCGGCUUCCUUCUCCCGGGCCUUCUCAUACGUCUCGUCCCCGACUCGGUUGCGCACGCAGACGUAUCCAAGGCCGAUGCUGACGUCAUCCGAGGUCACCUUCUCGAGCAGCCCUUCAGGGGCCUUGUCGGCCUUGGUCACGACGGCUAACGUCCUCUGUCCCGUACGGUCGACCUGCUGGGACAUGCGGAUGGACUCGCACGUCGUGAAGUCCACGCUGGCGGAGAGGACGUUUAAGAUGAUGCUCUCGUCUGGCGUGAUGAACUCCUUGAUGAUCUUGGAGAUCUGCUCGUAGAUGUCGUCCGGCUGGCCGUGGACGGGCACGCGAGUGAUCCCGGGCAGGUCGACCAUGGUGAGGUCGGGCACGCCGUGCUUUUUCACGACGAGGGUGACGGGUUCGUUGGAGAUCCCCUUGCCGGUGCCGGCGACUUGGUCGGUGGCGAUGACGAUGUCGUCCGAGACACGAGCUUCAUCGGUGGGGACUACGCGGUUGGCGUAUUCUAGGAAGAGCUCGGGUUCGGGGCUGGGGUGGUGCUGGAGACGCAUGAUUAGGGGGACGCGGGUGCAUAUGCCCUGGCCGCGGGGGAGGCUGAUGCCGGCGAGGGACUCGAGAACGCUCGAUUUGCCGGAGGACUGGUCGCCAACGACCACGAUGGUCGGGAGCUGGAUGCCUUCCUGCAUGAUUUUGAGGUGGCGGAGACGGUCGACUGCGUCGAGCAAUGGGCGGAUUCGGUCGUUGUAGGACGAGACGAUUGGAGCGUUGAUGGCUCCGUGUUCUGGGCGAUAUUCGACUAUGGUGGUGGUGUUGGAGGAGUUUGUCUUGCUUCCAAGAACGCUCCUUUUGUUCCUGCCAACCAUGUUUUGCUUGUUUAGUGAGAGUGAGUGAGAGUGACUGAGUGACUGCUUUUUUUUUUCUUGGUAAUGAUUAAUUGAUGAGAGCUCUGUCUAAGGGGAUUGUGGUAUUUAUAAGGUGUGGGUAAAGGGAGAAGUUAAUUUUGAUUGUGAUUCAUAUUCCUCUUUUUUGAUUUUCCAGAUUCCCAUUCUGUUUCUGCCCUCUUCCUGUGCAUAUUAAAUGUGUAACGUUUUCUCAACGUCUGAAAGGGAGUUGAAGCAACUAACGAUUGAAGCUUUUCACUUCUUAGCC